AUGCAGUCUAAUCCCAAAACCCAAUUAGAAUUCUAUACCACACAAGAUCAAAUUUUCCCUCCUUUUUCAAAACCAAACCGCGCCCAUGUUUACAUUUUCGUUCAAAAUUUUCAUCUUAAAAAAACAAGACGGAUGAAACAACACCUUUCCUCUUCAUCUCUCAACAACAACAACAACAACCAUACAUCCUAUGAGAGUAGUAAUAACAUUAAUAAUAAUCAAAAUAAUAAUAAUGGAUUUUCAAGUUCAAUAUUAGGAAACGGAUGGAAUGAAAAAUCAUCUCUCGGAAUGCAACAACAAUUAUUGAAUCGAUCAUCACCUUUGAGUGUUCCGACCUCUUCAACAACCAUUUCACCUCACUCCUUUCAAGGAUGGAUGGGAGAAGCCCAUUACUUGAAGCAGAACAUUGGACUCCCUCCCCAUCACCAUACAGACACAACGAUACCAUAUCAUUCAACGUUUUCUGAUUUUAAUGAAAACGACCAUAUAAUUGGCCAAUUUCCUGAUAACUAUGUAUAUAAAGAACAACUAGGAUUCUCAAUAGAACAAGAAAAACAAAAACUUCGAGAUAUUGGGCAAUUUAGAGAGCGAAUUAAACAAAAAGAAAUUGCUCAACAUCCCUCUACAACACCCUUGUCACUUCCUUCCUCGUCUUCGAGCAAAUCUCCUCAAUUUUCGGCCUCCUUUCAAAACAACGAGUUAGAGCGAAAAUUUAUUAGAAAAGAUAUAAAUGAAGAUUCGGACAUUCGCAAUUUGGGUUAUACUUAUUCGUCGCCAUAUUUAAACGAGGAUGGCAUGCCUACUAGUGAAGUGAUUAAUCCCAAAGGUGUCACAACGUCAGGAGGAAGAGAAAACUCUGUUGAAUUUUUAUCCAUGAGAAUUGCUGCUCUUGAAGAAAUUAUUGAAAUACAAAAUAAUGAGAUUAACGAAUUUAAUAACAGCUCAAAAGCAAAAGAGUCGAAAGAGGACAUAUUAAGGAAAGGAAAGCAUUCACUUCAAAUUUCACUCAUUAACAAAUGGCGUCAAAAAGUUUAUGCCCUUUUAAUACAGAUGAAAAUGAGAGAGAUGGAAUUGGAAAAUGCUAAAAAAGAGUUUCAGCAACAAGAGACGGAAUAUGAAAAAGAUAUAAAGCAGUUAAAAUACGAGUUAACCCUUUCAAAACAUAGAGAAAAGGAUUUGAAAGCAUCUGUUCAUUAUAUGGAGGAACAAAUGAAGAAAGUGGACGUCACAAAAUACAUGAAAGAAAUUGAUCGACUGAAUCGAGAGCGAGAAUUUAUGAAACGAAAAUAUGAACAAGAUAUCAAAACUCUUAAAGACGAUCGCAACAUGAUUGAAGAACAACAAAAAACAAAACAAGACGAAACUCAACGAAAAUUUGACGAGCUCAAUAAGGAACUUGAGGUUGUAAGAAAAGAUUUUGAAAUGAAAUGUUCUGAAGUAGAAAAACUAAACCUUUCUUUAGUAAGAGCUGAACAAACAAUUGCAAAUGAACUCUCAGUUGUCAAGACCUUAAAAGCCAAACUAACCGAGUACCAACAACAAUCAGAUCGAGAAAAGAACAACAUGGUUUUCAACGCAAUUAGACUAAAAGAUGAGGAACUUACACGACUUGAAAUUGAACUCAACGAAUCAAAGAGUGAAAACGCAAAAAUUACGUACAAACUUCGACACUAUGAACGACUGUUACAAGCAGAACAAGAAAGUCGACAAAAAGAAGAUAAGGAGAAGUUUGACUAUUACGAGAUGAAACUUGCAGCGAAGGAAGAAGAAAUUAAGCAAUUGAAAAAGGAACGAUCCUCUUUGUUAUUAACGAUUCGACAUCAAGAGGAAAUGCUUGAAAAUCGUAGAAAGAAAGAGAGAGCUCAGCCCAUUCAACCUCCAUCAGGAAUUGAUGUUAAAUCUAGCUCAAUAAUUCCCCGUGAAUAUCUGUCCAUCUCCAAUAAUUUAACCUCUCCCAAAGCUUCGCCGAAACCUCCUAUCAAAGAACCUUCAAUGGUGACCACCCCAAGCUCGUCAUCCCAACUCUCAGAAAAAUUGAAAGACCUAUCCUCUUUGACAAGAAAGUUUUUAGAAAAAUCCUCUCAACAGCAUGACGAUGAAUACCUGUAG